AUGAAAUCUAACGACAAUAGUCGCCCCUCUUCUGCAAUAGGUUUCCACCCUGGUGUUACAGAAAAACCCUCGGGCGCUUGGGCCGCAAUUAGGGCCCUUCUUACGACCCUCGAGUCGAGUACUGAUGCGUUCGGCCCACUCAAGUCAGCGAUCAGCGGUCUCAAGGGACUUAUGGACAUAUACGAGGACGCAUGCAAGGAGCGCGAGGGGUAUAACGAAUUAGGUAUCAGACUAAAGGAAAUAUUGCAAGAUCUGGCAGAUCAUAUCGAGCAACCAACAGGACUUGUAAUGACGAAGAGUGUAAAACGGAUUCGAGACGAAAUCGUGGAAGAAGCCAAGAGAGUGGCCAACAAACAGGCAAAUAAGACAGGGAGACGGUUGAUAGAUGCCAUGGAAGAAUCUGACGGAAUAAUGGAAUGCUACCGCCGUAUUGACGGUCACCUACGAAGAAUCACGCUCAACGCGAGCAUGGGUGCCCUGGAGGCCAUCAAGGAGCAUACAUUAGAGUCACGGAUGAACAGAAUGUCGCCCCACACGUCCGCAACGUACAACUCCGCCGAAUCAUUGGAUGUCCAGAGGGGAAGCUGUACUUCAGGAACCCGAGAAGCACAACUCAAAGAACUGAUGGAAUGGGCAAAUAUGCCAGACACCGGAAAGACAUGCUGGAUGAACGGAAUGGCCGGCACAGGCAAGACGACCAUUGCAUACACUGUGUGCAGCAAGCUCGACAAAUCCAACCGACUGGGCGCCAGUUUUUUUUGCUCGAGGGCAAUCGCAGAAUGUCGUCAAGUCAAGCAUAUAAUCCCAUCCAUCGCAUACCAGCUUGCUAAAUUCUCGCGCCCCUUCCGACGUGCACUAGCCGAUGUCCUUGAAGAAGAUUGUGAUACCCAUACUCAAGCACUAAACGUGCAGUACCAGAAGCUUAUUAUCGACCCGUUAAAAGCCGUGGAGAAGUCCCUUCCGGAAGAUUUUAUUGUAGUUGUUGACGCCCUGGACGAAUGCGAGAGUUUGACAGCCGUUGAGCAAAUACUGGAACUACUCCUGUCGACUACUCACACGCUCCCCAUCCGAUUCCUCAUAUCCAGUCGCCCAGAGCGAGAGAUAACAGAAAGAAUGACAGGGCGAUCGAACGGGCAGGACGAGGCCCGACUUGUAUUGCAUAACCUAGACUCGAACAUGGUGAAGACUGACAUCGGAACAUACAUGCGCAAGGAGCUGAAAGGGAUUGCGUUGGAAGACUCGGAGUUGACUAGCAUUAUCGAACGCUGCGGGGUGUUGUUCAUUUAUGCGGCUACCAUCUGCCGCUACAUCAAAAGCGCGAAUAAAAUGAAAACGCUCAAAAAGGCUGUGAGGGUGAUCAUUGACUCGGGAUCUGUUCCAAUGGAGAAAGGAGACGAACUUAUGAUUGACGAGCUUUAUAAGACUAUUCUCGACAACGCCUUCAAGGGGAGUGAACUGAACGAGGCGAAUAGGCGAACAAUGAGAGACGUGCUCGAAAUGGCUGUGUGUGCGACAGAGCCAAUGUCGCUAGACGCUAUGGCGAGCCUGCUGCAAUUGGACAGUGCUGAGCAAGUGGAAGCGCUCCUAGGUCCCCUUCGAUCGGUGCUGAACGUCACGAAAAAGGCUAAACUUGUAACCGCUUUGCAUGCAUCGUUUCCCGACUUCAUACUUUCGCAAGGCCGCUCUGGUAACUAUUACUGCAACCCAAACACCCGCCACGCGACAAUCGCGGAAGCCUGCUUACGACUCAUUGACGGUGCCGAGCCGAAGUUCAACAUAUGUGCAUUACCCUCUUCCUUCUUGCUUGACAGCCAGGUUAAAGACCUCAAUCGGCGAAUCGCCCAGUCGAUCUCACCCGGCCUCGUAUAUGCAUGUCGCUACUGGACCACCCACCUCAGUCUCAGCGAACACACAAAUAGCCUUAUCGGGCUUAUCGACGGCUUCUUCCAUUCUAGGCUGCUGCUAUGGAUGGAAGUCAUGAACCUCACCAAGAACGUGCGUUAUGCGACAUCCAUCAUACAAAGCGCCGAGAAGUGGUGUACCGAGCGAAACAUACCCGAACACAUCACAAAGCUAGUCCACGACGCAUCCCAGUUUGUAUCGAUCUACGCCAACCAUCCCGUGUCCCAAAGCACGCCACACAUCUACGCUUCCAUGCUUCCGUUCUGGCCCCGAUCUCGGCCACUCUCGGCAGCAUACAUGCCAAGAGUAUCUGGACUCGUGCAGCCGACAGGAGCGGCGAUCGAUCGACGCCGACUGGCACUCAUAGCCACCUGGAAGGUCUCGACCCAAAGCGUGAAGUCGAUGAGUCUGUCAAGAGACGGAAGACGACUUGUGGCACCUACUGCAGACAGCAUCGAGGUGUACGAUACGACGACGGGCGAGAGUGUGGUCAGCCUCGCCGAAGAGCGCACAAAGGGUGUCGACUGCGUUGCGAUGUCUCCCGACGGAUCCAAGGUGGCCUUUUCUAGCCAUGGUGGUACCUCAUAUGUGUGGGACAUCGCCAACGGAGGUGCAGUCACACAGCUGCUUCCUGAUGGCGUGUCCGGUGGUCGGUCGCUUGCAUUCUCGCCUGACUGGUCUCGCGUCGCCUGUCGCCUGGCGAACGGAGGGGUGUGCAUCUGCGCAUUGGGACAAGACGUCAGCGCUCAUGGUCCGCUCACGGGUCAUACCGCAUACGUCGACUCAGUCGUGUUCUCUUCCGACGGCUUGCAUCUUGCAUCUGGAUCACGGGACAAGACUGUGCGAGUGUGGGAUGUACAGACAGGCCGACCGGUUGGCAUGCCCUUCGAGGGUCACAGUGCGGUCUGGUCAGUAUGCUCCUGUCCCACUGACUCGCGUAUUGCCUCGGGCUCAGAAGAUAAAACGAUCCGAGUGUGGGAUCCGCAAACUGGCCAGACGGUGCUAGGACCACUCACAGGACAUUCUAGGUAUGUAUCCUGCGUCGCGUUUUCGCACAACGGCGCUUUCAUUGCCUCUGGAUCAUUCGACAAGACAAUCCGAGUGUAUGACACGCGUACCGGCAAGACAGUACUUGGACCACUCAAGGGACACACCAACUACAUCAACUCGGUCAUCUUCUCUCCCGACAGCACUCGCCUGUUCUCUUGCUCAUACGACGGCACGGUACGCGUAUGGAACGUGCAGGACAUCGACACCUCCAAUUCUCUUCCGGCUGCCUCACCUCUUUCCUCGUCUAUCAUCUGCAUCCGAUACUCUCGCAGCGGCACACGGGUUGUCUCUGGCUCAGAAGAUGGGUCGAUACACGUGUGGGAUGUGGCGACCGGUCAGCUGAUGCUCGGACCACUCCAUGGCCACGAGGGCGAGGUUACAUCUGUGGACUACUCAGCCGAUGAUCGGUACAUUGCGUCUGGUUCAUAUGACAGCACACUGCGAAUCUGGGAUGGACUGACGGGACAAGACAUCCACGGACCGAUGAAGGGGCAUAGUAAUUGGGUGAGCUGUGUGCGAUUCUCACCCGACAGCACGGUCGUUCUCUCAGGGUCUGAUGACCGCACUGUCCGAAUAUGGGAUGUGAGCACCGGCCAACAAAUGACGCGACUGUUCCAAGGAGAUCGCUCUAUCCUGUCGGUUGGGAUCUCUCCUGACGGUCACCGGGUUGUCUGUGGCUCGAUUGAUGGCAAGAUAGUUGUACUAGACCGACAUAGCGGCACCACGCUCGUUGGCCCAAUCGAUACUCAUCAGGACUGGGUUCAUUCGGUGGAGUUCUCUCCAGAUGGCAAGCGCCUCGUCUCAGGGUCGAAUGACAAAUCAGUGGUUAUAUGGGAUGCAGAGACAGGGAAGCAGCUUGUUGUUUGCGGCGAAAGCGGUGGUGCCCACAGUCAUUCGAUCUACUCUGUGUCGUUCUCACCCAACGGUCUGUAUGUCGCAUCUGGGUCUUUGGACCAUACUGUGCGUUUGUGGGACUCGGAGAACGGCAAGCUUAUACACGGUCCUCUGAAGGGACAUACCAGUGGCGUGCAGUGCAUCCAGUUCUCACCCGAUGGCUCGCACCUCGUCUCGUGCUCGUGGGACCGCACCAUUCGACUCUGGGACGUUUCGUUCUUGGCAACGCAUCCACAAGGCGACAACAUGAUACUGGGCCAAAACAUCAACGUCCCUUUUGCUCUUGACAAUGACACCACUUCUGACCUCUGGUUGCCGGAUGCCGAUGGUUGGAUCGUGGACUCACACGGUCACCGGCUCGUAUGGGUCCCAUCCGACCUACGCAUGUAUUUGGCACUCCCCCCAAACUCCUCAGUAAUCAAUGGUCAAGGAGACUUCCGGCUAGAUACGGACGGAUGGAAGAUAGGUGACCAGUGGGCUGAAUGCUAUCUACCGUAG